UUCGGCAACUCCUCGUCGGCUUCGUCGGCUUCAGCGACAGCUUCCGCAGUGACGGCGACAGCAGCGACGACAACAACAACGUCGUCGUCCAGUUCUUCGGCAUCUUUCCCCACGUCGGUCGGCGGCCCAUCGACGAACCUCGGCUGCCACCAUGUCCAUGUCUUCCGCUUACUCGCAAGUCGUCAGUUCAAUAGCUCAACGCAACAGUCAAGCCCAACACCAACAAGGUUCCGGUUCGCCAUCUGUCAUGUCGAAGUUGCCUGGGAGGGCGGCAACGUUGGCCGUUAACUCCGUGGCAACUGCGUCGCCAACGACGACGACGACGUCCGCCAACGCGGCGUCGGCUGUCACGACGGUGACCACUUCGACGACCAUCACUGUCGGAUCGCAUCCGGCCAAUCGAUCUCCGGUCAACGCCAUGGCCGUUCAGCCGGCGGCCACGUCGUCCGCCGAAUCGUCGCAGUCGGCCGGCCAUCACGGAGUGCAAGCCACGAUGACGGACCUGCUGGAACCGCCGAUCGGCGUGACGGAAAUCGGUCCCAUUCCUCCGCCGCCCAUGUUCUCUUCGCCCAGUCCCAUGCUACCUCCUCGCGGGGCCCAUCAUCCGGCGCCUCCGCCCACCCACGGCAUCCACUUGACCCAUCUGGCGCCACCUGCCGUGGCCGCUUCUUCGCCCAACAUGUUGACCGGCGUCAGCCACGAUCUUUCCGAUCUUCAGGACGACGACGUUCCGGAAGAGAGCGUCGACGAUAGCGACAGCGAACGAGGGAUACCUCCAGCAGCAAAUUGGGUGAGAGCACAAGGACCUAAAGAGCCGUCGCUACACGCCAAGCCACUCAAAUCGGCACUGAAGAAGCCAUCGGCUUCCGGAUCGUCGGUCAGUAAUUCACCGACGACGCCGUCAACGCCGACAGGGGGCACUCCGACUCAAGACACGUCUCCGCACGGAGGUCGAGGUGUUGCCUGGCAACAAGAUCAACCUCCGCCACCUCCUCCGCCAGCCAGGCGGCUCUCACUAAGGCAGAGGAUACGGUUCAGCACGCGACCGCUAAGAUUCGGCAUCAGCCUGGGUGGUGGCAGCAGCAACAGCAACGGCAACAGCACGUCAAACAACGGCGCGGUGAAUGGCGGUACGGCGCACGACCACAAUCACAACAUGCAGCUCAAGGCGGACAACAACAACCGCGACCCGUCGGCUGCUGGUGGCCACGCAGUCGGCCAUCACCAUCAUAAUCCUGCAGCGUCGCACCACCAUCACCAUCCUCCACCUCCGCCGCCGCCGGCCAAAGGCCAGAGGCCGACCUACCUGCCCGUGCCGGUGACGGCGCCCGUUCAGUGCGACUACGAUUCGGACGAGUCGGACGGACCGAUCCUUUACCGCGACGACGACGAGGAGAACAUGUCGGAAGAAGCGAAAUUGAACGCGCGGAUAGCCCGCAAGGACAGUCUGGCGCUGAAAUUGGCCAUGCGACCCGAUCGCCAGGAGUUGAUCGAGAGAGGCAUCUUGCACGCACAAACCGAGAGGGAGCGACACAUGCAGCGCGAGACUAUCGGCGCCCGUCUGACUAGGCGGCUGAGUCUUCGACCCACGCAAGAGGAACUGGAAGAACGCAACAUCCUUAAAAGAACCAGUCCGGCGGAGGAGAAAAAGGAACGCGAAGAGAAGAAAAUGACUCUCUUCCGCAAACUCAGUUUCAGGCCAACUGUUGAAGAACUCAAAGCCAGAAAGAUCAUACGGUUCAACGACUACGUCGAAGUGGCCGACGCUCAGGAUUACGACCGAAGAGCCGACCGACCGUGGACGCGGCUCACGCCUCAGGAGAAAGCAGCCAUUCGUAAGGAGCUCAACGAUUUCAAGAGCACCGAAAUGAUGGUUCAUGUUGAUAGUCUUUACAUGAUAAGAUUCCACAAAUGAGUUGUCCGAUCCUCUUGACUGACGAACUCUGUGAUACUUGCAAAUAAGGCUGGACGAAAUUAGAGAAUAUAAUGCUGUUUUUUUGUGCGUCUGUCUGUGUGUGUGUGUGUGUGUGUGACUGAAAGUGCGUGCGCUUAUAUCUAGAGCGUGGGGAGUAUUUCGAUUGUUUGUUUGGGUUUUUUUUUUGCCUAUUUUUUCUUUCUUUUCUAGCAACAAAAUGACCGUCAUGUUUUGAGCACGCGGAAGAUGCUCCUUUUUUUGUUGACCUACAGAAUAUGUAUUGGUGGAAUUUUGCUCGUGCACGGCUACUACAAAAAUGACAUGAUAUCGAAGUGCCUGGGAUUCUUUAAAAAACAAAAAAAAACAAAAAAACGGAUGCAUAUUUACUUGCUUAUCGUAUGAGGAAAUUGAGAAAACAUAACGGGGGUGUAACCGCUUCUGAUGAUCCUCUUUGAUUAUUUUGUCUUUUUGCAAAUUUUUUUUUUCCAUUUCUUCAUUUUUCUUUGAUUUUCUUUUUUUCUUUUUUUUUUUUCGUUUUUCUUGAAAGGGAGCUGUUAUCUCGUGGCUUCAAUUUCGCCCGUCUUCCCAUGGAAAACGGGGUGACGUAAUGUUAAAAGCACGAGAAAACACACGCCAUUUUCCAUUCCAUUAUGAGAUAUUUUUCGUUUUCUUUCCUUUUUUGUUGUUGCUGCUGCUGCUGUUGCCGCCGCCGCCACACCCUUUUGCUAUUACUUUACACUUUCCCCUGUAUUUCUGUCUGUCUCUUAGCGUUGGAACAAACAAAAACAAAUGAGAACAAAAAAUUACAAACUCGGGUUUUGCGAUCAACGAGUGUUCCCUGCCCCUUGUCCCAUCCUCCUGAUCUAUAUUAAAGAGAUAUAUAUUUGCGAUUGUAUUGGGGAAAUGCAGGAAAAAAAAACCUGAAUUAGUUGUCGAUUUUGAUUACAUUUCCUUUUUCUUUUCUUUUUUCUGAUAAUUUUUUUUUCUUUUACAAAUGAUUGUACAGACGUUUGUUUCGCACCGAAUGACCGCAAUCAUUGUGUACAAAGUCGUAGUCUAUUUGCUCCCCGUUCCCUUUUUGAUCCCCAUCCCUGUCCAUCCUACUAAAUUUCUUUGCAGUCGUGAACGAAUGAACCCAUCCAUCCCAACUUUGAAAACAAAAUGGAUGAACCGAUUAAACCCGCAAAGUAUUAUGUUUAGCCUGUUCCUUUUGAUCGAGUUGCCGCCCCCAGUCCCACGAUUUAAUUUUUGUUGUGGCCCGCCACUAUUCUGGAUUCCCUUUCUAUAAACAAAUAAUAAUGCUCUUGCUGGCUUUGUUGUUCCGCGCGUGUAGAUGUGUUCAAGUGACUCACCCAAGUUUUCUCCUACAUGUCGGUCGCUAGCCCAAAUCAACAGUUCCCCGAUCCCCAUCACGCCCGUUCACGGCGCGAAAUUGAAUCGUGUUCUUUUUUAAUUAUUAUUAUUAUUUUUUUUUUAAUACGAAAGAAGAAAAAAUUGAAAUACAAUAAUUAUCGAUUGA